AUGGUCAUGGCUCCAAUGUUACGUAUUCCCCUACCGGGAGCGCGUUGCUUGGGCCAUCUGUAUAGGACUCCUGCCCGUCCUAUCAAGCAUAAUGUUGACAAUUCAAGCCUGCAGUCCAAGCUGAGCCAGGCUCGACCAUAUUCAGCUACGCUGUCCAAGCCCCAACGGGAACUCUUGGACAGGACACGUAACAUUGGGAUCAUCGCUCAUAUCGAUGCAGGCAAAACCACAACGACGGAGCGCAUGCUAUUCUAUAGCGGGUUCACUCGACGCAUUGGAGACGUCGAUGAGGGAUCUACCGUAACGGACUUCCUCCCUGCUGAGCGAGCUCGUGGGAUCACCAUUCAAUCGGCGGCGAUCACGUUUCAUUGGCCGCCUGAGGGGACUGAAGUGCACCAGAAUCCCCAAGGCUCAUCUCUACCGCGAUCUGCUAAUUCUCAUACAAUCAAUCUCAUUGACACGCCCGGGCAUGCAGACUUCACAUUCGAGGUCAUGCGGUCCCUUCGUAUCCUGGAUGGUGCCGUUUGUAUCUUGGAUGGAGUCGCUGGUGUCGAAGCACAGACCGAGAAAGUCUGGCACCAAGCCAGCACGUAUCAAAUUCCUCGUGUCAUUUACGUGAAUAAACUAGAUCGUGAUGGGGCUGCAUUUGGCCGGACUGUUCGCGAAGUCAGCUCUCGACUAGCCGUUUAUCCAGCUGUUUGCCAAAUCCCUUGGUUUCAAGGCGGCGACGGGCCCUUCAUGCUGUCAACCUUCAGGGCCUUCGAUGGAAGGGAAGGGGACGAUGGCCGUGCAGUGAAGAUGAUGAACUUGGAGCAGCUACAAUCUGAGGAACCGGCCCUCGCAGAAGAAGUGCGUCGAGCGCGCAUCGCUCUGGUUGAAUUACUGAGUGAGCAGGACGAGUCUAUUGUGGAGAGAUUCUUCGAAUGUGACGAAGACCACCUGGCUGUUUCUCCAGCAGACAUCGUCGACAGUCUUCGACGAUGUGUUCUUAAUCCGUCCACCAGAAUCGUUCCUGUCUUUGCUGGGGCUAGUUUUCGGAAUAUGGGUGUCCAACCCCUGCUCGAUGCUGUGGUUAACCUUCUACCAAGUCCCCCUGAGGCGCCAGAUCCUGAGGUUAGUAUUGGGGGAGUCAAAGGUGGUCUCCGUGGAUUGCUCUCCGGAGACCUUAUAGUCGAACAAAGUGAGAAGGUUUCCUCACCUGCCAAGGGCAAGAAAAAGAGGAAGUCCGCUUCUCUGUCUGACCCGAAGGAAGCCAUCGCCAAGCUGCAAAGUUGCGCACUGGCAUUCAAAGUGGUCAACGAUGCCAAGCGUGGUGUCUUGGUAUACGUGCGCGUCUACUCUGGCUCGCUUGACCGCAAUAGCCUGCUUUUCAAUACAAACCUACACUUGUCAGAGCGCGCCCCCCGCCUGUUGAAGAUGUAUGCCAAUGAUGCGGUGGAAGUUGACUCGAUUCCUGCAGGCCACAUCGGUGUAGUAGUGGGUCUGAAACAUGCUCGUACUGGCGAUACCCUCGUGUCUUACGCAGGAAACAAAGCAACUCCUCCAGAGCCUCUCACCAGUCUACAGCUGCGCCCGAUCGAUGUUCCUCCUCCCGUCUUCUUCACAAGCGUCGAGCCGGAUAGCCUGAGUGAAGAAAAGCGAAUGCAAGAAUCUCUUUCUUUCCUUUUACGAGAGGACCCUAGCUUGCAUGUAAGCGUGGACGAGGAAUCCGGCCAAACUCUUCUGAGCGGCAUGGGAGAGCUUCAUCUUGAAAUCGCACGUGAUCGCCUCAUCAAUGACUUGAAAGCGAAGGCCUCUAUGGGUCGCAUCGAGAUCGGCUAUAGAGAAUCUGGACUUGGUGCAUCCAACGCAAUCACCAAAAUCUUCGAUAAUGAAAUUGCAGGACGGCGAGGCAAAGCCGGUUGUACCGCAUCAGUCGAGCCUGCAGAUGGCAAAGAUGUUACGGAUCUAGCGGAUGAACACACCAUCUUAGCAGAAACCAUCGACGGCAACCAGAUCAUCAUCCGUGCGCCAGGAUUGCAAGUCGAAAGCGCCGCCCAGGACGACGAAUCAGGCCACAUAUUACCACCCAACAUGGAUGUAACAACAUUCCGCACUGCUUUGCAAAAUGGUGCUUUAGCGGCACUCGCUCGUGGUCCUCAGUUCACGUUCCCUAUGCAUAACACCCGCGUCAGACUUACUCUGAAUCCAGCAGAACAUCUCUUCGGCGGUGAUACUACCCCAUCUGCUCUGUCUUCGGCUGCUCGCCAAGCUACAGCUGCGGCACUCCAAGACCUUCUCUCUGGCCCUGGAACAGCGAUGAUGGAGCCCGUCAUGAAUGUGAUUAUCAGCGUUGACGAGGCGAGCUUGGGUUCUGUUGUUCAUGAUAUCUCUUCGUCUCGCGGUGGUCAUAUCCUUUCGUUGGAUGAGGAGAUCCCCAUUUCUGCGACAGAUGCGGUAGGCUCCGAUUUAGUGGAAGAACCUUUGCCUCCCAUUGACCCUAAGCGGGUAUAUGCUCCUCCGGACCCAUUUGAGUCGGCCUCUGUCGGAGCUGAUAUACCUGCAUCCGCUUCAACUCCCCGCACCAUCACUGCUAAGGUCCCUCUCAAGGAGAUGGUUGGGUAUCUGAAGCAUCUGCGCAGCUUGACUGCCGGCCGCGGAACUUUCGUCAUGAGUGUCGAUCGAUUCGAGAACAUGUCUGCGCCGAGACAGAAGGCAGUUCUGUCUGAGCUGCGCGGUGGAUUUUAG